AUGCUCCCUCCACCGGGCUUAGAGCCCUCACUCUCCUCCCUCCUCGAAAAUGCCACACCCACAAGCAUCCUCUCCUCUACGAUAGCAACACUCUCCUCCAUCCUCCCUAUAGGCGUUGAUAUGCCUUCCCCCACCAGCAUCGCUGCGUUCGCAUCAGCGACCGCCACCGCCCUCUCAGACUCCAUAUCCUUCGAAGACAAGCCUAAACCACCUCCCGACAACGGCGAAUGCAGCCUUCUAGGUCCCUUUGCAAUACUCGUACAAGCCGCGUUGGGAUGCCUGGCAUUACUGGCACUGGUGUACAAGAGAUGGAGAGAACGGCCUCAACGACCCCUCAAGAUCUGGUCCUUUGAUGUCUCGAAACAGGUCGUCGGCAGCGUGCUGGUGCAUAUUUCGAAUCUACUCAUGAGCAUGAUGUCUUCUGGGCAGUUCAGUAUUAAAGUCGAUGCGACGAGCGUUGCCCAUAGACGGAUGGUGGAUGAGAAUGGGAAAUACAGGCCAAAUCCAUGUUCGUUCUAUUUGCUGAACUUAGCGAUCGAUACUACGAUAGGGAUACCGAUCCUUAUUGUCCUCUUGAGAAUCCUCACAGCUCUUUUCGCCAUGACGCCCCUAGGCAACCCCCGCGAAUCAAUAGAAUCAGGCAACUACGGCUCACCCCCGCGGGCCUGGUGGUGGUGCAAGCAAUCCAUCAUCUACUUUAUAGGACUUAUGGGCAUGAAGAUUUGCGUCCUAAUCAUCUUUCUUGUACUGCCAUGGAUAUCACGCAUUGGAGAUUGGGCACUACGCUGGACGGAAGGAGACGAGGCGCUGCAAGUUAUCUUCGUGAUGCUGGUAUUCCCCGUCAUCAUGAACGCGACGCAGUAUUAUAUCAUUGAUUCGUUUAUCAAGAAGCAGGGUCAGGAGCAAGGGCAUGAGAGGAUUCCGGAGGACGAUACGGAUAGUGAGAGGGAUGGAGAGAUGGAUGACGAGGAGGUACAUUCGGAUGAAGAGGAUCCCGAGGUGUUGGCAAAGGCAAACAAAGCCAACAAGGACUCAGUCACUACGAAGACAUCGAGCGAAAGUGGAACCAAGAAGCCUCGCAGACUGCAAACGGGGAGCAAAGACUACGAUCCUCAGUAUGACGGCGAGAACAGUCCCACAGUAGUGGGAAGUGCUAGCACCACCGAGCGAGACAGACUCGUGCGGAAGGAGAGUGGUGAUGAGGACACAACAUCCAACAAGUAG